GCCGAGGCCCGCCCUUCCGGCUGCCGUUGCUAGGCGACCGGAGGCAGCCAUGGCGGCCGCGGCGCUAACGCGGGCCGCGCAACUCUGGUCGCUGCUGGACGAGAUGGCAGAGAACGAGCCCCAGGCCUACCGCCGGCUCCUGCAGCAGCAGCGCGCCGAGGCCGAGCUGUUCUGCGCUCUCCCGGAGCCUCACCUGUGCCUGCGGGCGCGUCCCGCGGGUGGUGUCGGGAGGCCGCUGUUCAUCAAUGUCUGCAGCUGGAAAAGGGUCCCGGCACCCAAAGGUCCCGCUGACCCCACACCUGUCAGUGCGGGGCCGCUACAAGAGGUAUCUGGCGAAGGAGACCUUUACAGCAUUAUAGAUAUUGCAUAUAACCCAGAUGUUCUUCAGAGGAGACAAGAAAACCCAGAGAAAAUGGAGCACUUGAUCCAUUUGACACUUAAAUUUGUUGAGGAACGAUGCAACCUUACUCUUUCUCAUUUGUACACCAUUGAAUCAUUCAAACUGAAGGGAAGCCUGGAAACGAUGCAGCAGCGUCUGAGAGGAAGGCAGAGGCCAACUCUACAUCACAGUCAGAACACAAAGAAGGAACUAACACUUGACGAGAUGCUACACACUAUGAAAGCUGAGGACUGCAGCAAUGCUUCGGUCCUGCUGAAGGAAGAACAUGUGAGGCAGCCUGAAGGGCAUCUGAUAGAGGAAAUUGCUAGCACUGAAACGCCAGAGAAGCUCAGUACCCCUGCCUAUGAAAUGAUCACUGUAAAGGAUGCGAACAAGAAAUCACUCAAAAUUGAACUCAGAAUUGAAUUGCCUAAGGUUAGCUCUGUUUCUGAGUGUGAUCUGAGAAUUUCAAAGGAUGACAUAGUGAUUGAAGUCCCUGGAAAAUACAAAUUGCAACUAGAGCUGCCAGAAUUGGUGGAUGAAGAAACAACUACAGCGGUAUUUAACAAAAGAAAAGAGAUACUGUUUAUCACAGUGCUGGUUGCCAAGCCAUAUCCUUAAAGGCAGCAUUCUGUCCAGUUCAUGUUCACAGAUGCCAGAAGAAAAAAAAAGCUCAGAAUGAGAAUCCUAACUUUUAGAAGGUGAUGAGUUGGGUUUCUUUAAAUUGACCUUCUGAUCUUCAGGGGUGAAUACCUCAAAUGUAUGUAGAAAAGGAAGUCUGAAGGAACAUUAACACCACAAAAGUUAGGACCAAUAUAAGUUUAAAGAUUGCAAAUAUUCAAGGAUUGACUUCAAUAUGUUAACAGCUGUUAAAAGACCAUAAAUGCAUACAUUCAUUUUGCCUUAAGGUACAGCAGUAACAGUUGUGAAGUGUUUUUGCAGAAUAAAUUGAUUACUGGAUAAACA